AUGCCAGAGGAGGGCGAGGCUAGAGGUCUGGGCAGUGCCCGCUGGUGUGUCUCCAUAAAAGGCUCAGGGCCUCUCUCCUCAUCAGGAGUCUUUGCUGAGGAAACACGCAGAUUCCACUCAGCAACUCCUGGCUCCAGGCCUGACAUGGAGGGAAGCGGGCUGCUGUCUAUGUCAAUGACCCGGCUUGGCCUCCUGCUGCUCCUCACUGUGGCUACCCGAGAAGUGAGGGCAGCUGCAGCCACGAAAGAAACCUGUUCUUUUUCUCCAUCUCUGCCCCGAAGCUGCAGGGAAGUCAAGCAGAGGUGCCGUGGCUCCCGUGAUGGCCUGUACUUCCUCCGCACCAAGAAUGGAGUCAUCUACCAGACCUUCUGUGACAUGACCACCAAUGGUGGUGGCUGGACCCUGGUGGCUAGUGUGCAUGAAAACAACAUGUUUGGGAAGUGCACUUUGGGUGAUCGUUGGUCCAGUCAGCAGGGCAACCGAGCUGACUACCCUGAGGGUGAUGGCAAUUGGGCCAACUACAACACGUUUGGGACUGCAGAAGCUGCCACGAGCGAUGACUACAAGAAUCCUGGCUACUAUGACAUCCAGGCCCGGGACCUGGGCAUCUGGCAUGUGCCCAACAAUAGCCCAAUGGAAAAAUGGAGGACUAAUGCCCUGCUGCGAUACCGCACCAAUACCGGCUUCUUCCCACAUGUGGGGAAUAAUCUGUUUGGACUCUACCAGAAAUAUCCAGUGAAAUAUGGAGCAGGAAAGUGUUGGACUGACAACGGGCCUGCGAUACCCGUGGUCUAUGAUUUUGGCGAUGCCCAGAAGACCGCAUCUUAUUACUCCCCCUAUGGCCGAAAUGAAUUCACUGCAGGAUUCGUCCAGUUCAGAGUAUUUAAUAAUGAGAGGGCGGCAAAUGCCUUGUGCGCUGGAAUAAAGGUCACCGGGUGUAACACUGAAGUUAACUGUAUUGGUGGAGGAGGCUUCUUCCCAGAGGGCAAUCCUCUGCAAUGUGGAGACUUCUCCGCUUUUAACUGGAAUGGAUAUGGAACUCAUACCGCAUGGAGCAGUAGCCGGGAGAUAACUGAGGCAGCGGUGCUUUUGUUCUAUCGCUGA